AGAAUAUCAUGGAGAGAAUGGUGGUCAUAUGAAGGACCUUCAGGACCUAUAAGAUGGGGAAGUUUAGAUACGAGCUGGUAUCUAUGUACAAAAGGGAUGUACCAAUCACCAAUUAAUAUUUUACCCCCGAAAUUAUUAUUUGAUCCCAAUUUAAUGCGACUUAAUUUAGAUAUUCGACAAAAGAUACCAGGUAAUCUGGUCAACACUGGUCAUGAUCUGACGUUUCUGUUUGAUGAUGUCAUGAUUGGUAUGUUUAAUAUUAGUGAUGGACCAUUGAUGUAUAACUAUAAAGUUAAUGAAAUUAAAGUACAUUAUGGUAGAAAUGACGAUCAAGGCUCAGAACAUAUGGUGGAUGGUGCUACGUUUGCUGCAGAGAUUCAGUUUAUAGGUUAUAAUCUAGAUAUUUAUAAAACAAUAAAUGAAGCUAGGAAACAACCGUUUGGGACAGCAAUAAUAGCAGUUUUAGCAGAAAUAGGUGACCCAGAUAGCAGCGCCUUUCAAACAUUAGCUAGUUAUGGAUCAAGAAUAAAAUAUAAAGGUGAAUCUAUAAGACUAGAUGGUUUCAAUAUGAGAGAUUUAUUACCGAAGACUAAUUAUUAUGUUACUUAUGAAGGUAGUUUCACACAGCCGGGUUGUCAAGAAACAGUCACAUGGAUCAUUUUAAAUAAACCAAUUUAUAUCACAAAAUCAAAUUUACGAUCGUUAAGAAGAUUAUAUAGUGGGACAUCAAAUCAUGAAGCUUUAAGAUUAGAUAAUAGUAGAAGACCAGUGAUGCCUUUAAAUAAUAGAGUAGUCAAAACUAAUAUUAAUUAUCCUUCAAGGGUAUGUACAGUCAACAAAUUUUCUUUCAAUGGAAUUGAUACUAGUUGCUCUUGA